AUGUGUGGUUGUAUUAAGAUUUGUUUGUGGUCUUUGCUUCACAAUAAUGAUCAUUCACCGCUUCCUCUAAAUGGCAAGUUUUUAACAAACAAUGUCGAAGCAACCGGUCAGAAAGUUCACCAUGGAUUUGCAAAGAUUAAUUGA